GAGCUCUGAGUGUGUGUUCAAUGCUAGGGUAAGAUGCUACGGAGGUAGGCAGGCUUUGAAUAUGGACUGGGGAUGUGUUAUACGCAAAAUGGGUGUUCUAUAUGGUUGCUGAUGUAUGCUGGAUGGUUGGCGUGAGCUGUGUGGGUAAGUUGAUGAAAUUGUCAUUUGUGAGAGUGCUAUUCGCACGCUGGGCAAGUGAUUUUUAGUUAAGUUCCGUGUGAGAAUGAGCAAGCAUGGGCCUGUGUGAGCUGCUAAUAUAUGCAUGUGCGAUAUCCACGAGUGAAUGGUAUAUCAUCUGUAUGUGGGCUCGCUGAGUGUGUGUGUUGAAGUUGCUGGUAUGUUCAUUGGAUGUGUGCAUCGUACUUUGUGGGCGUGGCGAACAAAAGAGGAUUCCAUGAGCUGCUAUUUCGAAUGUCCAAGAACUGCGAUUUCCAGUUCCUGGAGCUGCGAUCUGCAGCUCCAUAAAUCGCAAAGUUGUGGCAAUGGAUCUGUUGAUUGCUCUGUCUUUAUAUAAUAACCUUGUAGCUUAAGUGUCCUGUUUGAAUGAGGAACGUAGGAAUCCAGAAAAUUUGCUCAGUUUGGCUGAUGAUCCUUAUAUUAUGGUCGACAUUUAAUAGUAGUUUGGUAGAUUGUUCCAUAAUGCUUUAGUAAGACCUCUUGUUUGGGUUGCUGGAAUUACCAGCAAAAACCUUGUUUCCUUCAUCAUCUCUAGUAUUGGCAUUAGUUAAUCUAUCGCCCAUGGUCAUAUUUCUUUUCUAUGGUUUCACUGAUGGAUGGGGUGUUGUAUUGACUGUGCUUCCAAAGUUCUAUUAUAAACUACAUGACAUGCCUAGCUUUGGACGCUCAGGUUCUGGUCUCUCUCCAUUGGGCGGUUAUUCCUCAGCUCUCUAAUCCCGUCAUGUUUUGGUGAGUUUGCUUCCAGAAUUUUUUGUUUGUUUGCUCUUGAAUUUGACAUCUUUCAUGCUGGAGAAACUGUAGUUGUAAACUGAAGUUGGACACUCAUGACACAAGAUGGCUUAGAAUACCCCUACUUCUAUUAAAAGCUGCUUGUUUCCUGCUUAAAAUCACCCCUUCUUCCAGCAUUAUCAGUUGCUGCUUUUGCUAAGAAACCGAGUUCGACUUGGCCUUUGCUUCCGGCAGGGACUCUGGUUAUUGUUGCUCGUACCACAAUCUGUUACGAGGGCAUCCUUCAAUCAAUCGUUUGGUGAACAGGGAGCCAGUCUAUUAAAGAAAAUGGCAAUUAGGAGUCGUUUACAAUCCCAUCUCCUCCUCCUUGCCGCCAUGCUCACGGCGACCGUCCCCGUGGCUCUCGGCGAGGUUGGCACGGCAGCGUACUAUGGCCCUCCCUACGAACCGACGGAAUGCUAUGGUGAGGGCCGAUCCCAGUUCCCUGAGAGGAACCUGUUCGCGGCUGUGGGCGACAAGCUAUGGGACCUUGGGGCAGCGUGCGGCCGGGCGUACAACGUGCGGUGCGUCAGCAAGGGCCCUGGAUCCUGCAAACCGGGCUCCGGCACUAUCCGGGUCAAGAUCGUUGACUACACCCUCUCGGUUAACUCCUCCGCCGCCGCCCCCAAGCAGUCCUUCACCGGCGCCGAUUUGGUCCUGCCUCAGACUGCUUUCGAAGCCAUUGCCAAUCCGGCCAUGGCUUCGAUCGAGGUCGAGUUUGAGGAGGUCUGAUCUUCGGGAGAAAAUGGUCUGCAAGAGCCACGCCAGCUGUUGAUGUCGCGUGCGCUUUUUUACUCUUCAUCAAUUACAAAUCGACACGUAUAUGUCGACGCGGAAUUAGAGAAACAUAUAAAAAAUCUCCCAAUCCAUGGCUGAAGCUGGUCUCUCUCCUUCCGCCACUCAACACAAUAUCCAUGGAAUGAGGGUGUGCAGGUUUGUUCUGUCACGAGAUGCUACCAAAACAUAAUACAAUUGUGUAGAACCAGUUCCAUGUGUGCCAGAUCUGGAGCUUUGGCCACGAGCGAUGACGGCUUGUUCACACACGGCGACUGAGGGGUGGACGCGGAGGUCGGUGCUCGGAUCUAUAAACGAAGGCCGUCCGUGGCCGUCCGUUGCUCUGCAUCUCCAUCAUCUGUGGACGAGCACUUGUGGCCAAGGCUUAGCCGCUGGGACGACGGAGAGCGGAGGUUGGCCAAGGAUAUAGCUAGAUCUGGUCUGCUGCUCAACAGCUUUGAGCUCAAGUCUUGGCUCGUCCAUGGUUGUUGAUACGAGCUCAACAGCUUUGCUGCGGACCGCGGUGGCCACGGUGGGGCGGUGGAGAUAAGCCAAGCCCAGGCAGAGCAGAGGGUGAAGAUGGAGGAGGAAAAGAGAAAAAAAUUAAUUUGUGUCGAGAUGUAAUUGGUUAUCAGUAAAUAAUCGCAUGUCACGUUACCUAUUGAUGAGGCACUUGCAGA